GUAGGGCAUGUGGUUUGCUAACAGCAGGCCAGUCAGGCGAAAAAAAGCUGGGAAAAGGAAGAGAUGUUGCAGCAUGACAGUCUCGUCAGAGUAAAGUCCUGCUGUGGCGAAUGGUUGUGGAUUCAGGCAGCAGCUGGAUUUUAAGAAUGGAUUAUUUUGUGGCUUGCACAUUCCUCUUUACACUGAUAUUACCAAGAGGUAUGACUUCUGACACAGAGAAGAAGACCUCAGAUUCAGGAUUGGAAAUCUAUAAGAAACUGUUUGAAGUAAAGCGCAAAGACCAAAUGAAUGCACUGAAGAACCUGAUUGAACUCAACGAUGUCAACCAGCAGUACAAAAUUAUAGACAUCAUGCUCAAGGGUCUUUUCAAGGUUCUUGAAGACUCACGAGCGGUACUUAUAGCAGCAGAUAUUUCACCAGAUGGACCAUUUUCUCAUGAUGAGAAGAUAAAGGAUGCCUAUUCCCAUGUGGUGGAGAAUACUGCUUUUUUUGGGGAUGUAGUCCUACGUUUUCCCAAAAUAGUGCAUCACUACUUUGAUCGCAAUUCCAAUUGGAACAACCUUAUUCGCUGGGGCAUCAGCUUCUGCAACCAGACAGGUGUAUUUGAUCAAGGGCCCCACUCACAAGUAUUAGGAUUGAUGGCUCAAGAGCUAGGAAUUAGUGAAAGAUCUCCAGACUACCAGAAUCCCUUUAAAGCAGACAAUUCUGAAUUUUUCCCUGGUGAUAGCACAUUCCAGAAGGCUCUCCGGGAGGAAGAGAAGCGAAGAAAGAAGGAGGAAAAACGAAAGGAAAUUCGCAAGGGGCCUCGUAUCUCACGCUCACAGUCUGAGUUGUAAUUCUAAUGUCAUUUGCCCAAUCACUGAAACUUUGGGAGUUAAAAACAUCUGAAAAGGAAUCCCCUUUGUGACCUCAGGAAAAUGACAAGCUGUUGAAAGGGCAGGACUUGGAAGUGACAUUCUUUCAACAGGACAUUGGUACCUAUUAAAUACCUAGGUAGAGACCACAAAGUUUCAGUGCAUAUUUCCUUAUGGGAAGAAACACUUUUCCAAGUAUCUGGAAUGUAGAGUAUGUCAGGGAUUGUUCUUCAUGUGUAUUUUUAUCUCUCGUGGCUUUGGCAGUUUGUAAUGCUAGGAGUUUUAGGAAAAUGGGACAAGAAGAGAGGAAAUUAAUUCUGUGGUAUAUGCCAUGUCUGUCAUUUAUGACAUGUAAUACUAUGUAUCAUUAUGCAAUUAGAAAAGUAAUAUAUUAUUGCUGCAACAGAUUUUGUUCCUGGGCAGCAAACAAUUUCUUUGAGAAACUUUUGGAAUCUGUUAGAGAUGCACAAACUUGGAAAUAUUAAUUAGCGAUAAAGUACUCUUUGAACACUUUUUCUUUAAAUUGUAUGAAAUGUGACUGGGAGCUGGGAUACAUCAAAGAUAGUUCCUUAAAAUGUCAUAAUAAUAAUUCAGAGCCCCUGUAGGUAAUACCAAGUUUUAUCUGGUUGUCAAGCUUCCUUCAUUUCAUAAGGCUGUUAAAGUAUUUUCUCCUAAAAGGGAAGAAAAGCUUUUGGUUGAGAAGAAAGUCAGUAAGGCUGUGCUCCACCAAAUAACUUUACUCGAACAAGAGAAUAAAGUACCAAGGUAAAGUGAAUCUGCGUGAUAAUUUCAUAAUGCAGUAUUACUAUCACUACAUGAAUGAAAAUUACUGAAAGGCUUACAAAUUCCAGUGUCAGUUUUUAGUUAAUAGCUUUGCAAGACUACUUUUGAAUUUCAUUUGUAGUAUUGUAUGUGUAGAUCUAGUUGUAAACCAUGUACAUUUACCUUUAUUGUCUGGUAAUCAAUUUUAUCUUGAUUAUUAUAAGAUACCUAUUUGGCCUUAAGUCUUAA